CAACAAACAAAAAUCUUGAGCAUUGCAGCCUUUUUGCUCGUCGUUCUUGCUGCUCUCUCUGUCGAUGCCGGCAUUUUGACUAGAACCAAAUACAAGGGUUCUUUGAAUCAUAAAUUAUUACAACGUGAUGCUAACCUUUUCAAGCGAACAUUUGAUGUCGAUCAAUGGAUGACACAAAGAUUGGACCAUUUUGACCCACAAAAUACCGAGACUUUCCAACAACGAUUCUGGGUUAAUGAUACCAUGUGGCAAGGAAAGAAUGUUUUUAUUAUUAUUGGUGGUGAGGGACCAGCCAGUUCAAAGUAUUUGACUGGACAUUUUGUUAUUAAUGAAUAUGGAAAGAAGCACGGAGCUUUGCUUGCUGCUUUGGAACAUCGUUUCUAUGGUGAAUCUGUUCCACGUAAAUCACUUGCUACUGACAAUUUGAGAUAUCUCACUUCCGAACAAGCAUUGCAAGAUUUGGUUGAAUUCCGUAGUUUGUUGGUCAAGAAAUAUAGAAUGGAUGAAGCUAAUGUCAAAUUUGUCUGCUUUGGAGGUAGUUAUUCUGGUAAUUUGUCUGCCUGGUUGAAGGCCAAGUAUCCACAUUUGUUCGUUGGUGCUAUUGCUUCAAGUGGUCCAGUCGAAGCUAAACUUGAAUUCAAUGAAUAUAUGAUGACUGUCGCUAAUAGUAUUGGUCCAAAAUGUACUGAUAGAGUUAGAAAGGCCAAUGAUUUGAUUGAACAAUUGAUUGCUACUCCUGCUGGUAGACAACGUGUUGCUUCCAUGUUCAAUGUCUGUAAUCCAGAAAGCAUGACCAACAAUGAUGAUAUUGCAUUGCUCUUCUCUAGUCUCUCUGAUGGUGUCUGUGAAGUCGUUCAAUACAAUUUGGAUAAUAAUGGAGCUCAAGGAUUCAAUGUUACAUCAAUGUGUGCCAUUAUUGAAUCAAGUGAUGAUGCUUUGGAAGGUUUUGCCAAUUGGGUCAAGACUUGGAAUUCCUACAGUCAAUCAUCAUGUACUCAAAACUUGUACAGUGAUUUCAUCAAGCAAAUGCAAGAUGUUAGACCAUGGCCUGCAAAUGAAAAUGCUGCUGGUCGUUCUUGGACAUAUCAAACUUGUGUUGAAUUUGGUUAUUAUCAAAAUGCUGUUGGUCCAAAGCAACCAUUCUCCCCAAGAAUUACUUUGGAAUGGUUCGUUCAACAAUGUUCUCAAAUCUUUGGUAUUAAUGGAAUGAAGCCAGAUAUUGACUUUACUAACAAUAUGUAUGGUUCUAAGAAUAUUCAAACUACCAACACUGUUUUCAGUACUGGUUCUGUUGAUCCAUGGUCUGUUCUUGCUGUUGCUCAACCAACUAGAAAUAUUGCUCAAAAUUAUGUUUAUCACAUGCAAGGUACUGCUCACUGUGCUGAUUUGUAUUCUAGCUCACCAAAGGAUUUACCAACUCUUACUAAUACCAGAGUUCAAACUCAAAAGUUGUUGGAUCAAUGGUUGGCAUAAAUAAAUUAUUAUUGAUAUCCAAUUUCAA